AUGAGGAUGGCCCAGAUGGACGAUCCGGGAAGACGAGAAGCCUCACAACGAGCUCAGUACGAUAAGAUAGACACCACCACCAAGCCGGAUGCGCCCACUGCUGAGAAGAAACCUCGCCAAACGUCUAUGACGUCAUCUUCAGAAGUUUGCUCUCCUACACGAGAGUCAGGAUACGGUACCACCUCGACGUCAUACGAUCGUGAGCUGGGUGAUUUCGCCACAAAGACUGAGCGAAUGUACGAUGUUUUGGAAGAUGCUGGUGAAGUGAGAGAAGGAGCCCACUCGAGGAACGAUUCCCGAGCCGAGGACAGGCAAGAGGACUUCGACUUCACCUAUUCAGAUAAUCGAUUCUCUGCAUUGACCGAUGAGAGCUUCGAUACUGACAGGUACAGGGUAAGUCUACAUGACGAUUCUAGUAUGAACGUGGACGCUGUGGAGAUGGACGAAGACGAUUUGUACAAGCAGCAGAGAUCCGACUGGACCGCAGGGCGACCACGAAUGUGGACGACGGUCUUCGAAGGUGAUGAGUCCGAGCAACCGGCUGACGACGUUUUCAUUCGGCAAUCACCCACAGGUUAG